AAAAAUGUUCAGCAAUAUUUUUGGUGGGAGGAUUUAGCGAAUCCCCUUAUUUACAACGUAGGAUUAAAGAUAAGUUUAGUACACAAGUUUCCAUUAUUACUGUUCCAACUUUACCAAUAGCAGCAAUAGCUCGGGGUGGUAUCGCGUAUGGUCUUAAUGUCUGUGCUAUGCAAGAUAGAACGUUGAAGUGGACAUAUGGAGUUGAGGUUAAUCGCCCAUAG